UCUUUGGUGUUUUCUGUGUUGUCAAUAAUUCGAAUACCGUUGUGGUGUAGAGCAAUUGGCUUGUUGGGAGUAUAAUGCGUUGUGUGGUGAACUCGAUAGUGAAAAUGAGUUAUUACUUUCAGUUGCAAAUGACGACCGUAAUAAUGAGAUUACAAUACUUUGGUUUGCGUUAAGGCUUUGGUCCUGGCUGGAAGAGAAAAUGAGUUACAAUAGACUGAGCAAUGGUGAUGUAAACCAGGAGGGGUCGCCGAUUAGACACGUUUGGAAUCCAAAUUUGUAUCGCUUGCAGCAGGAAGCACCCCGACCCAUCAUGGUGCCAUGCUCGAUUCCUGUGCACAGCCGACCCCAGUACUAUGGUCGGGAGUACCACGGCGAUAUGUCACACACUGAGGCUGAAGCAAUUGUAACAGAAGAGGGGGCAUUCCUUGUACGGAGAUCGAACAGAAAUGGCGGCUGCUUCACCCUUACAUUCAGGUUUGGUGGCAAGCUGAAGCAUUACAAACUGUACUACGACGGGCAGCACUACGUGCUGGACAAGCGGUUCGACACGGUACACGACCUUGUAGCCGAUGGCCUGGUAACGCUCUACAUAGAGACACAUGCCCGUUCCUACAUAGAGCUGAUGGACAGCAUCAGCUGUUAUGAGACUUCGCCAUAUGUGACACUCAAUAAGCUGAAGAGAAGGGCUGUAAUUGGCUGUAAUGUCUCACUGCUGCAAGCUGAGAGGGAAGCUUCACAGAUUUCUGGUUCAGAUGUUGCUGAUUCGUCUGUAGACAUAGAUUUCAGCAAGCCACAUAAUUUUAAAAUACAUACAUUCAAAGGACUGAAUUGGUGUGAAUUUUGUGGAAACUUUCUUUGGGGCUUCACAGCACAAGGAGUUAAAUGCGAAGACUGUGGGUUCUCUGCACACUGCAAAUGCUCCCGAAAGGUGCCGUCAGACUGUUUGCCCAAACUGAAGGGUGUGCGCGGAGUAUUCGGCCUGGACCUGACGACAUUGGCAUCGCAGCAGCGCAGCCACGUACCGCGCGUCGUGAGGCGCUGUGUCGAGGAGAUAGAGCGACGCGGCCUGGACACGGAGGGCCUGUACCGCGUGUCCGGCUUCGCCGAGGAGGUCGAGGCUCUCAAGCUGGCACUCGACACAGAUGGUGAAUUGGCAGACCUCGGACCAGAGAAGUACGACAACAUCAACGUUAUUGCUGGAGCUCUGAAACUGUACCUGCGUCUGCUGCCCAUACCUCUCAUUACAUUUGAUGCUCAUCCACCACUUAUUGAAGCAACUAAAAAGAAGACUGUAUCUGAACAGUUAGCAGCUAUGAAGGAAGCUGUUAUGAUUCUGCCUCCUGCACACUACCAAACUUUGAAGUUCCUCAUGGAGCAUCUCCACAGGGUAUCGCAGCACGUGGACACCAACAAGAUGACAUCACACAACCUGAGCACUGUGUUUGCACCGACACUGAUGCCGUCUCCGGACCCGGCCAAGAUAAGUGGCGCAAUGUACGGAAUGGCGCUGGAGAUAGCCGCCUUGGAGAUGCUGAUCACGCACUGCGAGACCGUCUUCAGGUGACAGUACGCCUGGCAGUCGUCGCUGACCCCCACGGCCUCACCACAGCUGUGACGGGUACGGCGGAGUGACGGAGAAUGUCGAACGCACGCUCGACCCCAUAGCGGACACCUCGUCGUCCCGAUUUGUGCGUACUGGGACACACCGAACGUAUCGUAUGACCGCACCCGGCCACCGGGAGUAUCUCUGUAUCUACUCACUGUAAAAGUUAAGGGACAACCCUGGUUUUUCAGGUUGUAGUACGCAACACCGGAGCUCUCUAGUACUCUAGCGUUGACAUUUCUCUUUCCUCACAGAAAGCCCUUUAACAUUAAGCAGAGGGAAAACCCCUCAUUUUUCAGGUUGUAAUAUUUGAUACCAAAGCUCCUUAGUGCACUAGUGCUUGUUUCUCGUGCUUCACACAAUGUCCGUUUCUUGCAGACUUGCCCAAAAUACAAAUUAUUGGAACGGGCACAUGCACAAGAGUGGAUGUUGGCCUUCUUUCACGGUUAUAAUGAGCAACAUACGCAAAAGCAUCAAAAGGAUAAUGCAUUUGAGAGAACAAAACUUUGAGAGGUGGCUGACAUUAACUUUCAGGUGAUGAAAUUUCUGCCUCUAGAAAUAUUGAGAAGUAGUGAAAAAAGGAAAAGUUAGUUACUACUUUUUCAGGGCGGAAACACAGAUUGGUUAGGUUAAAGGUUAGGUCAGUCAGAUCUCAAGUUGAGAGGAACCAAACUGUUAUGAGGAAUGCACAUAUAAAAUGAUGAGAAGGUAGAAUGCCCAGCCAGUACUUACCUCUGUGAGACAAAGAUCAAGCGUUGCUGAUAGAAACACUUACAAAAUAGGUAAAAAUAUUUGUAGCUUUUGAUAAUACUUCCUUACGAAAUAAAGAGGUAUUUCAAAGCCUAGCUGUGGUUUUUAUGCUCAAGUGUUUCUGUUGGUAGUACUUGUAUAAAGGUGGGUUCUAGCCAGCCAUUCAGUCUUCUUGUAAUUGUACACUUUUCUCAAAUGACUUUUCCUGGAAAAUUUUUUGCUGGCACAUAAAAUAUUGUUGUAAGUUAAACUUGAAACUUGGCUAUAGCUGUUUGUGUGUUCACGUCAGAAUUUCUCUUCACUUUAAAAUAAAAGGACAUUACAGUGUCUCACUUAAAAUUUUAGCUGUCUGCUAUUUUAUAUAUUGCGUCUUAAAGUUUUCUUUAUACCUAGUGAUCAGUUAGUAAUUGCCUCCAUGUCUGGCAUUACUAACUCAUUCUAAUGUGAAAAUUUUGCUUAGGCGGAAGUCAGCAGCAUGUACAAACUUCAAGAAAUGCAUCACACUGUGCUGUCUGUAAUUAUAGUUUCCUGCGUUUCUGGACAUUCUAAUGUGGUUUUUCUCAGCUGUUUUCAUUUCUGACUGUGGAAGAAGUUUUCCUUGCCUGUAUUCCUCAGUUGGGGGCAGGAAAGGUGGUGGCACAUAGUUCCUAAUUAUUGCGUGAGGGGGACACAGUGGUUCAGCCGUGUGACUCUUCAUUUAUAGGGCCCACCUGCUGUACGUGUAACCUUCCAGCUAGGCAGGGAGUUGGUGUCAGUCCUGUUGUGGAAGGACUAGUGGGAGGUACCUGACAUUUAUUUUUUGGAAGGAAUGUGGUAGAAUUUGGAAUUUGCCUUGAAAAGAAGUAUAAAGCUUUUUAAAAAAAAUCUAAAUAUAUUUUUCCCAAGUAUACCAUAUUGCUGUGUAUAAUAUGCCAUACCAUUAUCUCCACACUCAAUUGUAAUAAAUUAAUUUAAUCGAUAUAAAUCCCCCGUCUCAGAACAACUUUGUUCGAGCAUAUAUAUAUAGACGAGGAUACCUGUAAUUCUAAUUGCUCCAGAGAGAGAUUACUGAGAUUUACCUCUGUUCCCUGUCGGAGUUUUCCUGCUGCCUAAAUGUUAAAAUGGAGCAACUUUUCUACCGAGUAUGUACUGUAUUGUGUGAAUCUCUGUCAGAAUUUUGUUUCCGAAAAUUAUUGAGUACGAACUGUAUUUCAUCUUUUGUGGCUAUGUGUGGAUUAUUUAAGAAUUCCAUGACACCAUUUGUUGCUUUAUACUAAGAGUGUGAUUUUUAUGUUUAGCAGUUAGUUUUCUCGAAAAGUAUAUAAUGAUUACAUGUUGCUCACCUUUUGUAAUAUAUUGUUCCGAGAUGACAUUCCAGCCGAUGUUGUUAUGACAGAAAUGGUUGUAAAGGCCGAGUAAGGGAGAAUUCUUAAGCCAAAGUUUGAUAUAUGUUGAAAAGAUUAAACACAGGAGAAUUUCUUACAUUGUUAUUAACUGCACAUCCAUUGUAAGAACAAUUCAGUUUUUAUGCAUUUGCUUUUAAAAGAGUGAUGAUAUCUUAUUGUAUACAAUUUUUUUAUGUCUGUAUUAUGCACUGCUUAUAU